UGACUUUCUCCACACUUCUCCUUUCUCACUCCCAACAACAAAAAUCUCUCUGCAACUUUCACUUUUCAGGCAAUGUCAACUCACCGGCGAAGAAUCAUUCUCAGCAAUGUCACCGUAAAACUCGGCUGCAGCAGCAGUUGCAUUCGACCAAAACUUUCAAGUAUUUUCCACCCAAAACCCCGUAACAGAAAAUCCCCCCAAACCAAAACCCACAACAAAAAUUACUCAAAUUAUUCCUCUUGCAGUUCAUGGGACACGACGACGACGACUUUUUCGCCGCAUUCGGAAAGUACGACGAACGAAUCUUCCGAUUUCAGAACCUCAAAGGCCGUUCAGGGAUUCGGCCGGAUCGGCGGCGAGAGUGUUGCCGUAGAGAAAGAUUCCGACGACCCGUAUUUGGAUUUCCGGCAGUCGAUGCUUCAGAUGAUUUUAGAAAAGGAGAUUUACUCGAAAGAUGAUUUGAAGGAGCUGUUGAAUUGUUUUUUGCAAUUGAAUUCUCCGUAUUAUCAUGGGAUUAUUGUGAGGGCUUUUACUGAGAUCUGGAAUGGAGUUUUUUCUCUCCGGCCAGGAGUUGCCGGAGCUAGCUCGCCGUUCUUGCAUGGCGGAGGUCACGUGACUUAUAGGUGAUAGUCACGUGACAUUUUGCGGAAGCUAAGCUAGUUCGCUGUUUUUGCAUGGCGUAGGUCACGUGACUUACAGGCCAUAAUCACGUGACACCUUUUUUUUUUUUUUAAUUUUAAGUGUUUUCACGUUAAGUGUAUGUAGUUGCCGUUAGUAGUAGUUAAUAUUUUAUUCGGAUUUUUCAAAAAUAUUUUUUUUUUUGAAGAAUUUGAGUAAUAUAGGGUUGUGGGACCCAUAAUUAUUUGUAAUAGAAUGGGUUUCUAGAAAUAGUUUAUUAUUAGUAAGUUUUUUUUCUUCUUUUAAUUUAGUAUUAGGAGGGAAAAAGGGGUUCUAUUUUCACAGCCUUUUUGAUUAUGGAGGAGAAAAAUUUAAAGAUGUAUUAUGUAGUCAAUGGGUGGUCAAAAAUGUUGUGAAAAUUGAAAUCUAUUAUUAGUAAUGUAUUGUUCUUAUUUCUG